AUGCUAAGUGCAGAGUAUCGGGAGUUUAUGACUCCCUCGAAAUAUGAGACUCUCACUGAAAUCAUUAAUACUGCUCGAGUAAGGGAGAUAGAGCUGAAGAAGCAAAUAGAGAGAGGUGAAAGAAGGGCACAAGUUGUAGAUCCAAGCCCUACGAAAAAGGCGCGUACAACUGAAUCAUCUAAGAAACAGGAUGGGAAAGGCGGGUCGCCGAGUUGUAAGGUUUGCGGAAAAGGGCACAAGGGCGAGUGCCGGUUUAAAGAUAAGCCGUGUCCUAUAUGUGGGAAGACAGGGCACACAGCUGCAUUAAGCCCGGGGAAGGUGUCAGUGUGUUAUAAAUGCUACCAGCCGGGUCACAAGAAAUCUGAAUGCCCGGAGCUAGUCGGGAAGAAGGAUGGCAAGGAUUCACAUACAGAUACUCCAAAGGCAAAAGCCAGAUCCUUCCAGCUAACUGCGGCCGAGGCAAAAAUGGAGCCCGAUGUGGUCUCAGAUUGUAAGAUGAGUAUCGACGGUGAAGAAUACUCAAUAGACCUAAUUUCGAUGUCUAUGGGAGAAUUUCAAGUAGUGGUCGGGAUGGAUUGGCUAUACCGACAUCACGCGAAGGUUGUGUGUUUUCGUAAGGAGAUAAAAUUAACAUCUCCAAGUGGGAAACAUGUUACCAUUUAUGGCGAGAAAGGGGGUAAUCCCGUGAUAUGCACGAUGCUGAAAGCUCACAUACUUAUGACGCGUGGAUGUAGAGCGUUCAUGAUAUAG